GGAGAUGGCUUCUCCCCUCUCGCCCCCUGCUCCCGCUAUUGUCUCGCUCGGGGUGGCCUGACUGUACGAGCUAGCGCACGGUCUUGGCGGAGAGCGCUCGCCCCCAUCCCCAAGCUGGUCCUCGCGCCCUUUGCUGCCUCUCUCCCUGUUCCGGGGACCCCAAGGCCGGGGCGCAGCCGGGAGGAAGUAGCGUGCUGCCCGCCAGCUGCGCAUCGCGCUGGUGCAAGAGGCGCCUGGAGCCGCAGAGCGAGUCGCCGAGGCGCGGAGCUAGCAGCCCGCGUCGCCGGGCACACGACACGUCGGGACUUGCAGCACAGCCCGCAGCGAGCGCAGGUGCCCAGACACCAUGUCACAGCCCCCCAGACCUGACAUUGGCAGGAAGUAGGAGACUUCCUUGUCUCCUCCAUCCCCUAUCCUCACCAUGUCUUCGACUCAGGGUAAUGGGGAACACUGGAAGUCCCUGGAGUCAGUGGGCAUUAGCCGCAAAGAGCUGGCAAUGGCUGAAGCCCUGCAGAUGGAGUAUGAUGCUCUGUCCCGGCUCCGGCAUGACAAGGAGGAGAGCAGAGCCAAGCAGAACACAGACCCCUCUCUCAGCAGCUGGGAUGAGCCUGUCUUGGACUUCUACAGCAAGCCUACAGGCAGGCGGACCGAUCUCAAGCUCUUACGUGGUCUCUCUGGCUCUGAUCCUACCCUCAACUACAACUCGCUCUCUCCACAGGAAGGGCCGCCUAACCACUCUACCUCCCAGGGCUCCCAGCCUGGCCCAGAUCCCUGGCCCAAAGCCUCCCUGUCUGGAGAUUAUCUCUACAUUUUCGAUGGCUCAGACGGGGGACUCUCUUUGUCCCCAGGACUAGGGGACAUAGAUGACUCUUGCAAGAAACUGUCCCCACCUCCUUUGCCUCCCCGAGUCUCUAUCUGGGACACCCCUCCACUGCCUCCCAGAAAAGGCUCUCCUUCAUCCUCUAAGAUCUCUCAGCCUAAUGACAUUAACACUUUUUCUCUAGUUGAACAACCACCGGACAAAUUACUAGGGCAUAGGAUCCUAGAAGAGGAAGAGUUGCCAGGAGGUGGGGGUCAAGGGUGCCUACUGGGAUCUGUGGACUAUGAUGGUAUCAAUGAUGCAAUUACAAGGCUCAACUUGAAGUCAACCUACGAUGCAGAGAUGUUGCGGGAUGCCACCAGGAGCUGGAAGGAGGGCCGAGGGCCCCUGGACUUUGGCAAGGAUACCUCUGGAAAACCGGUGGCACGGAGCAAGACCAUGCCACCUCAGGUGCCCCCCCGCACCUAUGCCUCUCGCUGUGCCAACAGAAAGAAUGGGACGCCUGGCAAGAACCGUCGGAUUUCUGCGGCUCCGGUGGGUUCCCGGCCCCACCCAGUCGCCAAUGGCCACGAGUUAUUUGAGGUCUCAGAGGAGAGAGAUGAGGAGGUCGCUGCCUUUUGCCACAUGCUGGAUAUCCUUCGAUCUGGCUCUCAUGUCCAAGACUACUGUCUCACUGGAUAUGUCUGGAGCGCUGUCACCCCCAGCCCAGAGCACCUUGGGGAUGAAGUCAACCUGAAGGUGACCGUGUUGUGUGAUAGCCUUCGAGAGCCACUCACUUUUACCUGCAACUGUUCCUCCACUGUAGACUUGCUCAUCUACCAGACCUUGUGCUAUACUCACGAUGACCUGAAGAAUGUGGACGUGGGUGACUUUGUGCUAAAGCCCUGUGGGCUGGAGGAGUUCCUACAGAACAAACACGCCUUGGGCAGCCAUGAGUAUAUUCAGUACUGCCGCAAGUUUGAGGUGGACAUUCGGCUACAGCUCAUGGAGCAGAAGGACGUACGCAAUGACCUGGCUCGGACGGCAAACGAUGACCAGAGCCCCUCCACCCUGAACUAUCUCAUCCACCUACAAGAGAGGCCUGUCAAGCAGACCAUCAGCAGGCAGGCCCUGAGUCUUCUGUUCGACACAUACCACAAUGAGGUGGAUGCCUUCCUGCUGGCAGAUGGGGACUUCCCACUGAAGGCUGACAGGGUGGUUCAGUCUGUCAAGGCCAUCUGCAAUGCUCUGGCUGCCGUGGAAACCCCUGAGAUCACCAACGCUCUCAACCAGCUGCCCCCCUGCCCCUCCCGCAUGCAGCCUAAAAUUCAGAAGGAUCCCAGCGUCUUGGCUGUGAGGGAAAACCGAGAGAAGGUCGUGGAAGCACUGACUGCUGCCAUCUUGGACCUGGUGGAGCUUUACUGCAACACGUUCAACGCAGACUUCCAGACGGCGGUGCCUGGGAGCCGCAAGCAUGAUCUGGUCCAGGAGGCCUGUCAUUUCUCAGGGGCCCUGGCAUUUACUGUCUAUGCUACCCACCGCAUUCCCAUCACCUGGGUAACCAGCUACGAAGAUUUCUACCUCUCCUGUUCCCUCAGCCAUGGCGGCAAGGACCUGUGCAGCCCCCUGCAGACCCGAAGAGCUCACUUCUCCAAGUACCUCUUCCACCUUAUCAUCUGGGACCAGCAGAUCUGCUUCCCCGUGCAGGUGAACCGGCUGCCUCGGGAGACCCUGCUGUGUGCCACUCUUUAUGCGCUGCCCAUCCCCCCACCAGGGAGCUCCUCGGAGGCCAAUAAGCAGCGGAGGGUACCUGAAGCCCUGGGCUGGGUGACUACCCCACUCUUCAACUUCAGGCAGGUCCUGACCUGUGGCCGGAAACUUCUGGGCUUGUGGCCAGCAACACAGGAAAACCCCAGUGCCCGCUGGAGUGCACCUAAUUUCCAUCAGCCAGAUAGUGUUAUCCUGCAGAUUGACUUCCCCACCUCGGCCUUUGAUAUCAAGUUCACAAGCCCCCCUGGAGACAAGUUCAGUCCCCGUUAUGAGUUUGCCAGCCUCCGGGAGGAAGACCAACGCAAGCUUAAGGACAUCAUGCAGAAGGAGUCCCUGUACUGGCUCACUGAUGCUGACAAGAAGCGCCUGUGGGAGAAGCGAUAUUAUUGCCACUCAGAGGUGAGCUCACUCCCCCUGGUGCUCGCCAGCGCCCCCAGCUGGGAGUGGGCGUGCCUGCCCGACGUCUAUGCCCUCCUGAAGCAGUGGACCCACAUGAACCACCAGGAUGCCCUGGGGCUCCUGCAUGCCACAUUCCCAGACCAAGAAGUGCGUCGAAUGGCUGUCCAGUGGAUUGGCUCACUCUCAGAUGCUGAGCUGCUUGACUACCUGCCCCAGCUGGUACAGGCCCUAAAGUAUGAGUGCUACCUGGACAGCCCGUUGGUGCGCUUCCUCCUGAAACGAGCUGUCUCUGACUUGAGAGUGACUCACUACUUCUUCUGGUUGCUGAAGGACAGCCUCAAGGACUCUCAGUUCAGCAUUCGCUACCAGUAUCUGCUGGCAGCCCUCUUGUGCUGCUGUGGCAAGGGGCUGAGGGAGGAGUUUAACCGCCAGUGCUGGCUUGUCAACUCCCUGGCCAAACUAGCCCAGCAAGUCCGAGAGGCAGCUCCAUCUGCACGGCAGGGAAUCCUCCGCACAGGUCUGGAGGAGAUGAAGCAGUUCUUUGCCCUCAAUGGCUCAUGCCGUCUGCCGCUCAGCCCCAGUCUGCUGGUGAAGGGAAUUGUGCCCAGGGACUGUUCCUACUUCAAUUCCAAUGCAGUCCCCCUCAAACUUUGCUUCCAAAAUGUGGAUCCCCUGGGUGAGAACAUCCGUGUCAUCUUCAAGUGUGGGGACGACCUUCGCCAGGACAUGCUAACACUGCAGAUGAUUCGCAUCAUGAGCAAGAUCUGGGUCCAGGAGGGGCUGGAUAUGCGCAUGGUCAUUUUCCGCUGUUUCUCCACUGGCCGGGGGAGAGGGAUGGUUGAGAUGAUCCCCAACGCCGAGACCCUGCGCAAGAUCCAGGUGGAGCAUGGGGUGACUGGUUCCUUCAAGGACCGGCCCCUGGCCGACUGGCUGCAGAAACACAACCCUGGGGAGGAUGAGUAUGAGAAGGCUGUGGAGAACUUCAUCUACUCCUGUGCUGGCUGCUGUGUGGCCACAUACGUUUUGGGCAUCUGUGACCGACAUAAUGACAACAUCAUGCUGAAGACCACUGGUCACAUGUUCCACAUCGAUUUUGGUCGCUUCCUGGGUCACGCCCAGAUGUUUGGCAACAUUAAGCGGGACCGUGCCCCCUUUGUCUUCACCUCGGACAUGGCGUAUGUCAUCAACGGGGGUGACAAGCCUUCCAGCCGCUUCCAUGAUUUUGUUGACCUUUGCUGCCAAGCCUACAACCUCAUUCGCAAGCACACCCACCUCUUCCUCAACCUCCUGGGCCUGAUGUUGUCCUGUGGGAUUCCUGAGCUCUCAGACCUGGAGGACCUCAAGUAUGUGUAUGAUGCUCUGAGGCCUCAGGAUACAGAGGCCAAUGCCACUACCUACUUUACUAGGUUGAUUGAGUCCAGCCUGGGCAGUGUAGCCACAAAGCUCAAUUUUUUCAUCCAUAACCUGGCUCAGAUGAAGUUCACAGGCUCAGAUGACCGGCUGACCCUUUCCUUUGCCCCCCGAACGCAUACUCUCAAGAGCUCUGGGCGAAUCAACAGUGUUUUUCUCUGCCGCCACGAGAAGAUUUUCCACCCCAACAAGGGCUAUACAUAUGUGGUAAAGGUGAUACGAGAAAAUGCUCAUGAGGCCACUUAUAUCCAGCGGACAUUUGAGGAGUUCCAGGAACUGCACAACAAGCUGCGGCUACUCUUUCCUUCUUCACUCUUGCCCAGCUUCCCUAGUCGCUUCGUGAUAGGCCGCUCCCGGGGAGAGGCAGUGGCUGAGCGGCGGAGGGAAGAGUUAAACGGCUACAUCUGGCACUUGAUCCACGCAGCCCCCGAUGUGGCUGAGUGUGAUUUGGUGUACACCUUCUUCUACCCUCUGCCUCGGGAUGAGAAGGCUGUAGGCAUCAGCCCAGCUCCCAAAUCCUUAGACAGCACAUGGGCCCGGCCCAUGGGAAAGGUAGGAGGAGAGGUGAAGCUGUCCAUCUCCUACAAAAACAAUAAACUCUUCAUCAUGGUGAUGCACAUUCGGGAUUUGCAACUGCUGCAGGAUGGAAAUGACCCUGAUCCCUAUGUGAAGAUUUACCUCCUUCCUGACCCUCAGAAAACCACUAAAAGGAAAACCAAAGUGGCCCGGAAAACCUGCAAUCCUACCUACAAUGAGAUGUUGGUGUAUGAUGGGAUCCCCAAGGGGGACCUGCAGCAGCGGGAGCUCCAGCUUAGCGUGCUGAGUGAGCAAGGAUUCUGGGAGAAUGUCCUCCUUGGCGAGGUGCAUAUCCGCCUGCGAGAGCUGGACCUGGCCCAGGAGAAGACUGGCUGGUUCGCACUGGGAUCUCGAAGUCAUGGGACCUUGUGAGCCCAGCAGAGCCUCGGCCUAGGACCCCAGGCUGGUGGUGGAGCUAGGGGCGGGGCACCCUUCCUUUCCUUGUGAAAGGGCAGGGUCCUCAGCAGGCCUCCCCUCCUUGGUCCAGGUGGAUCUGACCUCCACCAUAGGAGGCAGGGAGAGUGAGAUGCUCUCUUCUGUCCCUUCCUCUGCAGAUUAAACUCGGGGUGGUUGUGAUCAGCAGCCCCUUGGAGGCUGUGAGGUUGCAGCAAAGUUUUAAGUUUACCUUGUGUCAAGGGAGCAAUGCCUGGUUUGGGGUGUGUAUGGGGCUGUAUGAAGUAGCAUUACGGGGGGAGGGUUGGUGGAUAUCUUUAUUUUUAUUUUUAAAAAAUGAAAUAGUAAUGUUGUCCUAACUGGGACAGGAAGCCUCGAGAGAAGGGACAUACAUAUGCCUCAGAAGGCAAGAGAGGGAGCCUGUUUGGACUUUUUGUAUGAUUAAGGUUCUUAUUGGACUUUUCCCUAGGUUUUUUUGUUUUGUUUUUUGUUUUCUAGCUAUGGGAAUUAUUUGGGGAGGGGCCCAGUGAGUCCUUAGUCAGAGUCCUCCCUCCCUAAACGCAGGUUGCUGGGGUGGGGGGCUGCCCAUGCUGGACUGAGGCCUGUGCUGCUGGGCCUUUUUGAGUUUGCCUCCAAAGGAGAGCGACGUGAUAGCUACAUGUGUAAGGAAGGGCCUUCCCUAUUGAGGUUCUACCAAGGACCUGUAUUCAGGGACCCAUGCUUUUCAGGGGGAGGUUUUCCUCUUGUCUUCCCCUACUUCAUUAGGACUUGCCCUGAAUACGCUUUCUACCCUUUACCCCUGCAUUCUCCGCAUCCUUCUGGGGGUCAUCUGGUCUUAUUGAAUACGCUGGGGGUGCUCCCCCAUAGGCCUUGCCCUUCAUUUUUGUCUGGUGGGAAAUGCUGCCUCCAUCCUUAGGUUUAGUUUCAUCCAAAGCCACCUUGGCCCCGGGAAGGGGGCCCCCUAGGCUGCAGAAGCCAGUAUAGUCUCCCAGUAGGUAGUUUCUGGAAAGCAUUCCUCACCAACCUCCACUUCUUUCUCUUAUGCUGCUUCUCCCUCAAACUCCAUUUCUGUCACACAUUUUUAUAUGACUUUCCCUCAUUCUGUAGGGCCGUAAACCUAUCUAGUCUGGAGCCAAAGGGGUGCCCUAUCUGAAGGAAGGGGGCAUGGGGUGGAGAAAUCCAUCAAAACUGUUGUCUUUGGUGGCUCAUGCCUGUAAUCCUAGCGCUCUGGGAGGCCGAGGUGGAUGGAUUGCCUGAGUGAGCUGCCUGAGUGAGCUCACAAGCUCGAGACCAAACUGAGCCAGAGUGAGACCUCAUCUCUAAAAAUAGCUGGCCCCUGUGGCUGGUACCUGUAGUCCCACUACUUGGGAGGCUGAGGCAAGAGAAUUGCUUGAGCCCAAGAGUUUGAGGUUGCUGUGAGCUGUGACGCCCCGGUACUUUACCCAGGGUGACAAAGUAAGACUCUGUCUCAAAAAAAAAAACAAAAAACCACUGUUGGUUUUUUCCAGUGAUUUUCUUAGGUCAGGAGGAAGCUAUAUGAGAGCAGGAGCUGAAGAGGAGAGACUGAGUCUCCCAUCUCUUAAUGUCCUUAUUUUCUACCAGGUGAAUUUUAAAUUUGCUCUUUUGUGUUUCACUCUUAAGGGUUCUCUUUCUUGAAAAAAAGAAAGGACUUUGACAUUACCUUUUUUUUUUUUUAAACAGAGUCUUUCUCUGUUGCCUUUGCUAGAAUGUCAUGUUGCCUCAGCCUAGCUCAUAGAAACCUCAAACUCCUGGGCUCACACAAUCCUACUGCCUCGGCCUCUCUACCCUGUUUCCCCAAAAAUAAGACAUCCUCUGAAAAUAAGACCUACUUACAGGAAAGAUAAGAUGUCCCCUGAAAAUAAGACCUAGCGCAUCUUUGGGAGCACACCUUAAAAUAAGACACUGUCUUAUUUUUGGGGAAACAGGGUAGUAGCUGGGAUUGCAGCUUAUUAGAGCCGCAAUAGCUUUUCUAUUUUUAGUAGACAUGGUGGGGGGGGGGGGGUCCUCAAUCUCGGUUAGUCUAGUCUCGAACUUCUGGCCUCAAGCAAUCUUCCCACUUCAGCCUCCCAAAGUGUUAGGAUUAUAGGUGUGAGCCACCUGUCCAGCCAGAUAUUAACUUUUAAACCAGAAUUGGCUGGAUAUGUCCCAUGAUUGGGGAAAAGAGUAAAAUGAGGAACAUUCAGUAAACUGUCCCUCACCAACUCCCUGCCCAAUUCCAAGGAUCAGAAAUCCCCCCUUUUGCUAACUCAUUCCAUAACUGGAGAAAGAAGCUCCAUUGAUUGAAGACACAGGACAUCAAGUAAGUUUAAAGUUUUCCUUUAAAUUAAAAAUGCUGGGCAGUGCUGUGGCUCAGUGGGUAGGGCGCUGGCCCCAACCCUCCCCAGCCAAACUGCAACAACAACAACAAAAAAUAGCCAGGUAUUGUGGCAGGCAUCUAUAGUCCCAGCUACUCCAGAGGCUGAGGCAAGAGAAUUGCCUAAGCCCAGGAGUUGGAGGUUGCUGUGAGCUGUGACGUCACGGCACUCUACUGAGGGCGAUAAAGUGAGACUCUGUCUCUACAAAAAAAUAAAUGAAAAUAAAAAUAAAUUUAAAAUGCCAAGGAUAGGGCAGCACCCAUAGCUCAGUCGGUAGGGUGCUGACCACAUAUACCGAGGCUAGGCGGUUUGAACCUGGCCCGGGCCAGCUAAAACAACAAUGACAACUGCAGCAACAAAAAAAAAAACAACUGCUGGGCGCUGUGGCGGGCACUGUAGUCCCACUUACUUGGGAGGUUGCGACAAGAGAAUUGCUUAAGCCCAAGAGUUGGAGGUUGCUGUGAGCUGUGACGUCACGGCACUCUACCCAGGGUGACAGAUUAAGACUGUCUCAAAAUAAAAUAAAAGAA